ACGUUUCACACACACACACGUUUUCGACGUCCUGAAAUUCCUUCGACUGAGCUUUAACUUCGCGCUAUCGCAGCGAGAGACGCGAGCCAAACUAACGCUUUUCUUUUCAUAUACAAUUCAGCUGUGUGCGUGGUAGGCGCGCCACAACUGAAAGCACAUCAUUCGUUGAGAACAACGGAUGCUUAACAGGGAUGAGGAACGUGAAUUCAGCACAGUCACCGUGCGUCGAUCUCCAGCGAAAAAAGAGACUCCAGCACUCGCUGCAUGCGCGUUUCAACACAGCUAUUAACAUUUUGCUUGGUGCUGCCAACGCACACGACCUUAGACGCUGGCUGACCCUUCUGGCGCUGUGUGUUUCUAUCAUAUUGCAGUACGCAAUUGUCCUCUUGCCCACAUCCGCCUGCGGCUCGUGCUCUGGUGGAGCGUUCCUAGGUUCCUUGUUCGCUUCAGCGUAUGUCACUGCUGCUGGUGCGUGCUUUUACAUCCGCCCUGGCCCAAUUGCAAAACACGUAUUCCUUGGAUCGCUCGUUUCUGUCAUACCAGCGUCGUUUACGGCUUCAACCCAGGUGGUCAUCUCGCGUCUAGCAGCAGCAGUAAAUGCAUAUGGAGUUGACGGUGCAGGGAUAGAUCCUGGUCAAGGACUAGUUCACUCCACUGCAGAUACAUAUGCACUGCGUGGAUUGAAAGCCAGUAACUUCAGGUUUGAUCUCAUGGGUCAGUCUCACUCGAAGCGAUCUCUAGAUGGCCCAGGCAUUCUUGGCACAUUUUGUGCGGUGCCUAUCGUCCCCGAUGGCUGGACACCUGCAGAAGUUGUGCCCUUCUGGUACGUGUGUAAUAAUUAUUGGGGAAUGUUUAUGGACUGUGAUUUGGCGUAUAAAGGCGUUUAUAACGAGAAUGACUCAUACGGCUGGAAUAGCUUAAGCGAAUGUUUACGCAAACCAGAGGAGUUGAUAAUCAAUGCGAAUCUUACCGGAAGCGAGUUAUUAAAUCCUUUGAUGUACUUUUACCAGCUUGACUUUGCACCAAACUUUGAUGAGGUGUCAGCAACAUUUUUUAGAAAAGCAAUCACUGAAGCAAGUGUCUUCCAUCGCAUCAUGAUACGAUACGAUGCACCUCUAUUACGCUUAGCACAAACGCAAGAGCCGUGUUGUCAAAUAUUGAUAAAAACAACCAAUGAUGAAGCAAUCAUAUUUUCAAUCGUUUUGGUGUUGCCUUUUGUGUUAGCUUGUGCUUGGCUCAACGUCUACAGGUUUACUUUCCAACACAAGUUUAUCGAAAAGGCGUCACUUCUGACACGACAACACCUCAAGUCCAUCUAUCUCGGUCACGGGAGAUAAUUUGAAGCAAACAAAAAAAUGGUUCAAUCUAUUCACGCGAAAAGCUGACAUAUUUCUUUUGAUAUUUCUUGCAAGAAAUGCGAUUUGAAGGUCUAUACUCUCUAGUACAAGUGUUUACCCAAUACAAACACACCUUGAACUCCAAAGUCGAGGCUGAAAUUAAUUCUACCGAGAUACUUUGGAUCGCUUAUCAUAUAGCCCUAGACCUACAGUAUACUCUAGUAUAUAGUAUUAUAGAUAGCUAAGUUUAGGUAUUAGUCAGGUUUCAUUUAUUAAACUGUUGGCGUGUAAUUUAUAAAAUAUUUCGUC